AAGCCGAGUGAUGAUGGGCUCGCAGCUCUGCUGCUCACCAAGCGGAGCUCACUGCAGUGAAGUGUCGGGUUAAGGGGGCGGCUCAUCCUGCCCAGCCCAAGGCCAGGCAUGCCUGCUCUCGCUCGGGAACACACCAGGACACAGGAGGGAGAAGGGCAGCCCGCCCAACUCGGCAAGGACUCGCAAGUGCCCGAGUGUUUCAUGAGCUUGCCUCAGGAUCUGAUGAGAAGCUUCUCUCACACCAAACGGGUCGGCAAUUACCUGGUGGGGAAGAUGAUUAACAAAGGCUCCUUUGCCAAGGUGAUGGAGGGGCUGCAUAUUCCAACAGGAGAGAAGGUAGCCAUCAAAGUGAUUGACAAGAAGAAAGCAAAGCAGGACACCUAUGUGCAUAAGAACAUGAAGAGGGAGCCCCGCAUCCACCAAAUGAUCAAGCACCCAAACAUUGUUCAGCUAUUUGAAACCCUGGAGACGGAGAACUCCUACUACAUGGCAAUGGAGUUAUGCCAGGGAGGAGACCUGAUGGACAGAAUCUGUGAGAAGAAGAAGCUAGAAGAAAGAGAAGUGAGAAAAUACACCAGACAGAUCUUGUCAGCGGUGGAACAUCUCCAUCGUCACACAAUAGUACACAGGGAUUUGAAAAUCGAAAACUUUCUCCUUGAUGAAAAUAAUAACAUCAAAAUUGUUGAUUUUGGGCUGAGUAACACCCUGAAGAAUGACAGCCAGGAGUUGUUGAACACACAGUGUGGGAGUCCUGCCUACGCUGCUCCAGAGCUGCUUGCCCAUCAGAAGUAUGGUCCCAAAGUGGAUGUCUGGUCAAUUGGGGUCAGUAUGUUUGCGAUGCUCACCGGCACAUUACCAUUCACCGUGGAGCCAUUUAACAUCAAGCAGCUGCACCAGAAGAUGGUAAACGGAGAGAUUAGUUCAAUCCCACCAGAGAUCUCCUCAGGGGCUAUACAGUUUAUGCUUUCCUUGCUUGAGCCUGACCCAACCAAACGACCCACAGUCAGAGAAGCAAUGGAAGAAAAAUGGUUAAAUGAAGGCUUCAUUCGAAGACCACUCCAAUCGGUUGUUUACAAAAACAGACUGCGUUUGGAUGAAUUGAACUCAAUGGUUUUAAACUUUAUGGCUGAGAAAACAGGCUUUGGGCUUAAAGAGAUUACUAACACAUUGAUCAAUAACAGGCCAUCCCCCAACAUGGCAACUUAUUAUUUGUUACUGAAAAAACUGGCUCGAUACCAAAAAGGAAUAAAAAACAAAAAGAGAGAAAAUGCAAUGAUGAAGCAAAGCAAACAGUCAGCUGUGAGAAGUCCAGAUCAAAAUCUUCCAUCAGCGUCACAUGGCAAUAAGCAAACUGCUGAGCAGGCACAUGAGGAGAAUGAUAGAGAAUCUGAGACAAAGGAGCAGCAGAACACACAUAUCCCUGCAAUGGAAGAGGUUAUUAAAGAAGAAGAGAUUGCAAUUUCUCUUGAAAAACAGGACCACUGCUUCCCAGAAGUUUCUAAUUUUGCCAGUCGGGAAAUGGUGUACCUUGGGCCUCCCAAGUCUUCAUCUAGAGUGAUAUCUGAUCAAGCAAGUUCUGAGUUUCAAGGAAAAUCAGAAGAAACCUGUGGAGCAGUUAAAAAACAAGACUUCCAAAAACAAAAGCAGGGUGGUUAUUUGCAACCAAUAAAUCAACAGGAGUUUGAAUGGAAUCUCAAACAAACAAUGGACAGUCCUGGCAAAAAAACACCCAGAUCUUUGCUAGAGAGCAAAAGACACAACAGAAGCCCUGCAGCCCAUCAUGAAACCAGAUUUAAAGAUCUUCUCCAAGCAACGGAAGACCAAUCUACAACAGCCAAUUGGAGGUAUCCAGAGAAAGAUGUACGCAAUUUUGCAAUAAUUGACCCAUUGCCAAAACUCAAGCAAGGUAUUUUCAAAGAUAAACUCAGUCAAAAAAUCAAUUGGUUUGGAACACCACAUCAUGGGACAAAUGUGUCAUCACCCUUUUUGGUCAAUAGUGGGAGACAUGCUUUUUUACCACCUUCUCGUCAACAGACGUUGAUAUUCAAGAGUCUGGGUCAGUCCAAGGAGAGGACACAAGCUUCUCUCACCAGCAACAUAUUCAAAAGAGACUGCAUUCAGCUCAGGGCACCGCAGAAACCAACAGAUAUAAAUCUACCAGUGUUAACACCAACGUUACAGUCAAAGUCAGACAAGAAAGGUGAAAUAUUAAGACUAGAUUUUGUUUAAGCAAUAUGACAAGAUAAGGAUAAACGGGCAAGAAAAUUCUGAUUGUUGACUAUUUGUAGUGAGAUUUUAAAUGUGUUCUCUUUCAAAGUUUAAUAUUCCCAAAAUAAGUGUUUCUUAGAGCAGAUCGUCAAAAGAUUAUAAAAGUGAUGAGAUUACCUGUGUAAUGAAUGGACACAGUUUUUGAUCUACUGAGAGAAGUUACAAAUCAGCCAGUUCUAUUGGUAUCUUUCAUUGUAUUUGAGCAGAUUAUCCAAAUUGCCCUUGCUUCUGUAUCCCUUUACAGUCUUUUCCUUCAUACAUCUAUCCAAUAUAUUUUGGAUGCUUUUCUUACAUUUCUUUGGAUGUCAACACUGUUGAUAAGGCUGGAAUUUAUUGGUCAUGCUCUUUGCUCUUGACAGCAUAUUGUUGGGACUUCUUCAGCAGCUAUAAUUUAUGUGGUUUGUUGUUAGGGAGGGACUUCCAAAAUGUUAUCCAGUAACAAUGUAGGAAUAGUGAUAUAUGUCCAAGCUAGGAUAGUGCAUUAGGAAACUUGGAAGUGAUGGUAUUCCCAUGAAACUCCUGUCUGGGUCAACAUAGUUUGCAUUUUCUUCUGCUACAAACCCCAACACUGGAAGUGAAUUUCACACUCUCCAAGUUAGCUAUGUAAAGAAUUUUCCCAUGCUUACUGUUAAAAAUCUCUAACAUUCAAUUUUGCAUUCUUUAUUCCAGACUGCCCAACUACUGUAGCACACUCUGCUGCUAUCCUUUCUGUUCCAAUCUUUCAUGAUUCUAAAUACUUCUACCAUGUUGCCACUUUAUAUAUGUCCUCAUAAAGAAAAUAAAUUGUUUCACAUUACCUUCAUACUUACAUUUCUUCAUAACCAGCAGCAUCCUGUUGUAUCCUCCCUAAAAUAACUUCCCUAUUGGGCAGAGAUCCUCUUAAUAUUUUCAGUAUAAUAUCAUUACCACUUGGAUUUUUGUAUCUCUUGAAAACACGUAGAGUUCUAUUUGACUUUUUUAAAGUAGACUUGAUGUGUUGCCUUUAAUGUUAUUUCGACCUGCUUGAUCAAGUCCUCCACUAUUCAAAAACACCAAGUCUACUUGCAUUUCAAGUAGAUUGUAGCCACUAUUACAAUCUUUUUAGUAAAAUAUAUCAUUUUAUAUUCACUGACAUCAAAUUCAAUCUGUUACCGUGAUAUUUCAGCCUAGAUCCCCUCUUGUCAAUGCCCAUUUGCAGCUUCAUUUGGUCUUGUAAAGAAAUGAUUGGAUAACAGUUACAAUUUUCAACACUGUGCCUUGUUCAAUAAUACCAAAAUCAUUAACAUAUGCGUUAGGCAGACUUUCCCAAAGUUACUGAGCAAGUGUAAAACAUUCCCUUUACUGAAUGUUGGUAAAACUCAUUGAGGAGUUGAUGUGGCAGUCCUCCACUGCUUUAAUUAUGACACUUAUCAAUUAGUUUUAAGUACGCAACUAAGGACUGUUAACCAAAUAUGUUAGAUGUCUGUUCACUAUUCUCACCAGCAGUAACUUCCAGCCUUGACUGCCCUUGAGUUGCUUCACGUAGGUUUCAGUCAGAUUCCUGUAGAAACCUUAAUCAGUACUUAGCAUGCUGAAGAAAAAUGUUUUGAAGUAUUUGUUAAAAAGACCAAGGCAGUGCAAACUUUAGUCUACUGCAUAUAGAAUAAUGCACAGUAAAGAACACCUUUUAUCUCAUCUUCCCCAGUCAUGUUCAAAACAUUCAUUAGUGACAGUCUUGCAGGCACCAGUAUCUCACUAAAUGUGCAGUUCUGUACGCACAGACCCCAAACCAGUUAUAUGCUCGUAAAGGCUACCUCAGCUAAGCACAAGGCAGACCCCGGGGCAUUCUGGGACUAUGUGACUUUCACCCAUGUAAUGAUCCAUGGUGAUAAUGUUGAAUAUACCGAUAGUUUAUAAAACAUUAUUCACAAAUGUCAGUGGUUCCAUUAUUAGAAAAGGAGUUUACAUUAGGUGACUGAAGUUAGCAAAGGUUACAAAAUUAUAGUAUAUGAAAGGCUCACAGUAACCACACAAAGUGAAACACGAUGAUGGCAGGGUCAGUCUGUUAAUUCCAAUGUGAUCGUUACAAUGUUUAAGCACUUUUUAUCUCCAGAAAUAUUUAUUGUAGUCUACAUUUAUUUAAUCACUCAACAAGAGUGCCAAAGCAAUUUGUGGCUAUUGUAGGCUUUGUACAUGUAUAAUCAAUAUAAUUUUUUAAUAGGUCAAAUUGUAUACAUUUUAUCUGAAAUAACAAUUUAUAAUCUAUAAAGCAUGUUGAAGUACGCCACACCUGUGAGUGGAAUGUUUCAAUAAAGUUCCUUUCCUGUUUGCUCAGGAUUCCAUGUUUGGUACAAUAUUUUAUUUAACUGAAUAAACAAGCGGAACAAUUGAAUAUUUGGCAUAAAUUUAUGCAUUUCCUGUGCCUAUGA